UGUGACAUCAUACCGUACAUUUUCAUGGUCAUUUAUAAACAAAAAAUAUAAAAAUUUUAAACAAAUCGACGACGACAACAACAAACCAACUAGCCAUUUGGACGACUAAAACAUAGAUGAAGAACAAGCGAUCAUUUUUAAAAUUGAACAAUAAGAAUGUAGAAAAAAAUAAUUUAGUAAUAAAUUGAAAACUGAAGUGUUAAGGUGUUGUGUCCCACUAGGCAAAUAUUUUUAAGAACCAACAAAAAAAUCAAACAAAAACACGCGUUUUAUCUAUAAAAUACUAUUAAUUAAUUAAAAUUCAAUAACAAAACAAUAUUCUACGUUCUCUUUGAUAAAAAAAAAUUUACUCAACCUUCUUUUAAGAGUUUAAUAGAGGAAGGUUCUCUUUGUUGUGAAAAAAGAAGAAAAAAAAUUAUAGUGAAAAAAGCUCUUAUUUGUUUUGACAGCAAAAUUGUUGUUGUUUAAACAGGUGUGAGAGAGUGUGUGUGUGUGUGUGAGUGCGAAUUUUGUAGAUUUUUUCCUCAGUUUUUAUAAAACUCUUCAAACUGGCAGUCGACGGGUCUGGCAUCUACGAUAUGCUGAAAUUUUUGAUAACGUUUAGUGCUGGUAUUUACACCGGUAUCUACAUCAGCCAAAACUAUGAGGUUCCUCGUGUGGAUGAACCCAGUAAAAUAAUUGAUAAAAUUAAGGAAUUGGCUGAUGAGCAUCGUAAAAAAAAUCCUGCCGAGCAGCUUUUGCAUGACGUUAAAAAGGGAGCCAAGAAGAUUAUAGAUUAAAUUUGCUACAAUACAACAUAAAAGGAGGCUUUAGUUUAAUUUUAUGAUUUUUUUUAUUAAACUUUAUAAAUUUAUGUUCUUAAAUGAUUUUUCUUUUCUAAAUCGAAUGGCAAUAUUCAAAUGUUUAUUUUUAUAAAAUUAAUUAAAUAAUUUUUUUGUAUAGUA